AAUGGAUGAGAUUAGGUCAUGGUUCAGGUUAUGAGGCCUGUCCAGGUGUAAACAAGAUGCUGGCUGGAAGGCAGCUGUUUUCCACUUGGAGAGACAGGGGAGCAUGAUGAGAUGACCUCUGUAGGUGUUGAGAGAGGGGAACAUGGUGAGGUGACCUCUAGGUGUUGAGAGAGGGGAACAUGGUGAGGUGACCUCUAGGUGUUGAGAGAGGGGAACAUGUUGAGGUGACCUCUGUAGGUGUUGAGAGAGGGGAACAUGUUGAGGCGACCUCUGUAGGUGUUGAGAGAGGGGAACAUGGUGAGGUGACCUCUAGGUGUUGAGAGCUUCUUCAUUAGGAGCCAGCUGACACUGUGGCCCUGGGUGUGUCCCAAAUGUCACCCUAUUCCCCAAAUCGUGCACUGCUUUUGACUAAAGCCCUGGUCAAAAGUAGUGCACUAUAUAGGGAAUAGGGUGCCAAUCAGGAUGUCUCUCUUUGUCACGGUCACUAUUCCUCCCUUGUUCUUUAGGAAGUGCUGUGGGUGUGGAGUUGUGUGUACACAGAGGGAGACUGGACUGUUUGGUGAUAAAACAUCCUCAGAGACAACAAACACAGUCAGACGCAGAUUUAUUUCUCUAAACCCUUCCAGAUCUAAAUAACACACACAAGCUAAAACACGGCUCGCUACCACAUGUACACUUUUGUGUUAUUCUUAAACCCUGGAACUGUUACACACACACACAUACACACACACACACACACACACAACCCGUCCUGAUCAAUAACUCUGUCCAGGUCUCUUCCUCAUGCCUUGCACUAAUGAUUCUCAUGAAUAUAUCUUGUCAUAAUUACAGCCAGUGUGAUAUAUAUAUAUAUAUAUAAUAUACUGUACAUAGGGUAUUGCAAUGUAGUCUACUUUUUCCAUUUACAGUUGACAGGACUAAUGCUUGCUAGGGAGUUGUCUAGAUAAUCAUUAAACUGUACAGUUAGCAGAAAACAGCUUCAGUGUGGGUUUGGAGUUGUUUUUUUCCCCCCACAAAAAUGUUUAAAUUAUAAUCGAUGGUGGUCUUUAUAAAUGUAAGUGUUAUUAACAAACAAAAAUAUCUUGCAUUUCUUUAGUGGUCUGACUUAUACUUUAUUUCUCAAGAAAAGCUAAAUGAUUAUUUUUUUGGUUUCUAUUUUUUAACAUUCUCUCUCUCUCACAUUUCACUCAUUUGUGAGUGAUCUAAAGUUAGGAUGCCCUGUCCAGUACUCCUCAUCCCACUAGAACUGAAGUCACACACAAUACACUGUCUGGCUGUUGAAUCCCUGUUGGAGCAAAGCGGAAAGGAUUUGAAAAAAAUUAACUUUCCGCUUGUCUUAUAACAUCUCAGUAGGAAUGUAACGACGUUGUGGGAACAAUGUUAACAACCUUAGUAGGAGAAGAAAGACGGCUCUGUUCUACUGUUGGGGUAUUAGCUGGUGGAUCAUGAUGAUGAAUAAAUGGAUUAACUCAUAGGGAUGUACAUUGUAUACAUUUUUGUUGCUGUGGCCACUUAAUUGCAGCCGGAAAAAAUCAAAUAAAUGCAAGCAUUUUACAGUACUGUUAAAUAAUAUCAUGUGUGGAGUAGGAUAUUUGUCUUACCUAAGAGGUGGUUCCUAUUUUUUUAAUGAUCUCUAGAACUUGUGCUUCUAAGAUUUGUUUUCAGCGGUUCUAGAUGUUUUCUUACGCUACUGUACACUGUCUGGGGUAAAGAACCCCAACCACUCCGCCGGAGGUCACCAGUGGCAUCCUGUUCUUUUUAUCUGACCUUUGACCACUUAGUGUGACCUCAAUAGGCAAAGCUAUCGACCAAGGUACUAGUGGUCCUGUUAGACCUGUCCUCACCCUGGCUCUCUGAAUAUCGAGUCAGAAUAACAAAACUCUAUUGGAAGAUGUAAUAAUCGGCCUAUAAUUGGAAACAUUGUAUUACAUAUGUAUUGUGUAACUAACUACAAGGCCUAGUACAUUAUUGUGGUAUUUGUAAGGUGGACAUCAUCACCAGAGUCUUUUGUCUGCUUUUCCCAUGUCUUAUUAUUUUGUCUAUGACGGUAUGUUAAUCCAUUUGUCCCAGGUCAUUACAUUUGACCUUGAAAUUCUCACUACCAAUGGUUACAUUUUUUUGUGACCUCUACCCUGGAUCAUAGCCUACUCCAGCAUUUCCCAAACCAGGGGUUUGAAAACAGGAAAUUCUGAUAUAAAAUCAUGUCUGUAACCUCCAGUAGCAGCUAGAUGCGGUUGUAAUGAACAGUGGUUUCUGUUUUCUUCCUACAAAUGUACUUCUAUCUUUUGAACGGUUUAAGCUACAUAUUAUUAUGACCCCAUCAUUGAUGUUGAUAAAAGCCACAUUGUCCGAGAGGGAUUUACAUGGUUAUCAAAACGUCACGCCAGGGUAAUCCUACAGGACACAGACCUUAUUUUAAGUGUUUCUAAAAUCCUUUUGUGUUUUACAUGGUUAUCAAAACGUCACGCCAGGGUAAACCUACAGGACACAGACCUUAUCUUAUGGUGUGGGUUUUUGAUAUCAAAAUGGGGUCGCGGACCAAAAAAGUUUGGGAACCCCUGGCCAAGCCUACUCACUGGAAUACCCAGUUUGUCUCCCCUAGUGGAGGAAAAAUGGACCUACAAUGACAAAUAAAAAAAUAGGGAUCAGCGCAUUGAGCUAUAAAAAAAACGGAUCAGCGCCAUGUCUGAUUCUCCAGUAGUGGAAUAGAGAACGGGACACCUAAACCAUUUCAUUCCAGGGUCGGGGAUCCCGUUCGGUCUCGAGGAUGUCCGGGAGCGCAGGGAUUCAGCAGGGCUCCCCGGCCAUCGGUGCAGCGGGAUGGGCGCCUGCGGCUCCGGGAGCCGGGGGAACCGAGGGUUCGGGCGCCACGGUAGGAUCGGCACGAAUCGCGGUGAAGAAGGCGCAGCUCCGCUCCUCCCCGCGCCCGAAGAAACUGGAGAAGCUCGGAGUUUAUUCAUCUUGCAAGGCUGAGGGGGCCUGUAAGUGUAACAGCUGGAAGAGUCAGAACCCCCCUCCCACACCACCCCGUACAGACCAGCAGCCCAACACUUUCAACCUUCAGGACCCCUGCCGUAGCUGCUCUCAUACACUGGGUGACCAUGUAACCCACCUGGAGAACGUUUCAGAGGAGGAGAUGAACAGGCUUCUGGGCAUUGCUCUGGACGUGGAGUACCUGAACACAUGUGUCCACAAAGAGGAGGAUGCUGACACCAAACAAGUCUACUUCUCCCUCUUCAAGCUAUUGAGGAAAUGCAUCCUUCAGAUGGGCAGACCUGUGGUGGAGGCACAGGAGAGUCCUCCCUUUGAGAAACCUAGCAUUGAACAGGGGGUGAAUAACUUUGUCCAGUACAAGUUCAGCCAUCUUCCCUCCAAGGAGCGUCAGACCAUCGUGGAGCUGGCCAAGAUGUUCCUCAACCAGAUCAACUACUGGCAGCUGGAGACACCCUCACAGAGGCGACAGCGGGCCCCUGCUGAUGAUGCCGCCGGGUACAAAGUCAACUACACCAGAUGGCUGUGCUACUGCAACGUCCCUCAGUUCUGUGACAGUCUACCGCGGUACGAGACGACCCAAAUCUUCGGUCGGACCCUUCUGCGCUCCGUCUUCACUGUAAUGAGGAAACAGCUGCUAGAGCAGGCCAGGCAGGAGAAGGAUAAGCUACCCCCGGAGAAACGCACUCUCAUCCUCACACACUUCCCCAAAUUUCUGUCCAUGCUGGAGGAGGAGGUGUACAGUCACAGCUCGCCCAUCUGGAGUGAAGAAUUCCUGGCUGGAUCCUCAGGAGGACCGAUCCCCAUCCAUACAGUGAUCAGUGUGCCCCCGGUGGCCAGGCAUCUGUACUACAACUCCAGCCCAGUAUCUGUGGACCCAUCCAGCUGUGGCAGUGUCAGUCCUGCCAGGAAGACCGCCUCUGUUCUGGAACCCAGCCCAGGUGGGCAGAAGCGGAAGCCAUCGGAGCCCCUCCCCCAUGAGGAGACGAAGAAGCUCAGGAUUGUCGGGGACAUCCCCAUGGAGCUCAUCAACGAAGUCAUGGCAACCAUCACCGACCCCGCCUCCAUGCUGGGACCAGAGACCAGUCUACUGUCGGCCCACUCAGCCCGUGAUGAGGCGGCACGCCUGGAGGAGAGGAGGGGGGUGAUAGAGUUCCAUGUCAUCGGGAACUCCCUCAACCAGAAGCCCAACAAGAGGAUCCUCAUGUGGCUGGUGGGCCUCCAGAAUGUCUUCUCUCACCAGCUACCUCGCAUGCCCAAAGAGUAUAUCACACGCCUCGUCUUUGACCCAAAGCACAAGACUCUGUCGCUGAUCAAAGAUGGCCGUGUGAUCGGAGGCAUCUGCUUCCGGAUGUUCCCCUCGCAGAGCUUCACAGAGAUCGUAUUCUGUGCAGUCACCUCCAAUGAGCAGGUCAAGGGAUACGGCACUCACCUGAUGAACCAUCUGAAGGAGUACCACAUCAAGCACGACAUCCUCAACUUCCUCACCUAUGCAGACGAGUAUGCCAUUGGCUACUUCAAAAAGCAGGGCUUCUCUAAAGACAUCAAGGUUCCCAAGGCCAAGUAUCUGGGCUACAUCAAAGACUAUGAGGGAGCGACACUGAUGGGCUGUGAGCUCAACCCCAGCAUCCCUUACACGGAGUUCUCUGUCAUUAUCAAGAAGCAGAAAGAGAUCAUAAAGAAACUGAUAGAGAGGAAGCAAGCUCAGAUCAGAAAGGUCUACCCAGGACUUUCCUGUUUUAAGGAAGGAGUUCGACAGAUUCCCAUCGAGAGCAUUCCUGGAAUACGAGAAACUGGAUGGAAACCGGUGGGCAAAGGGAAAGAGCUGAAGGAUCCAGAUCAGCUGUACAGCACCCUGAAGACCAUCCUACAACAUGUUAAGAGUCACCAGAAUGCCUGGCCGUUCAUGGAACCAGUGAAGAAGACUGAGGCUCCUGGCUACUACCAAGUCAUCCGCUUCCCCAUGGACCUGAAGACGAUGUCUGAGCGUCUGAAGAGCAGGUACUACACCACGCGGAAGCUCUUCAUGGCCGACAUGCAGCGCAUCUUCACCAACUGUCGCGAGUACAACCCCCCAGAGAGCCAGUACUACAAGUGUGCCAACCUGUUAGAGAAGUUCUUCUACACCAAGAUCAAGGAGGCAGGUCUCAUUGAGAAGUGAAGAGAUGGGAGGGGCUUCAAGGGUGAGGGAGCAAUGGCUUAGGUCUAAUUAUUUUUAAAUGUUUUUUUUUUAUUUACUUAUUCUUUAUUUUUCUACUGCGUUCAACCAGAAAAAGAGAGCUAUAUAUCCAGUAGGAAGAAUGAUUUUGGGUUAAUCAGUAUACUAUCCCUCGCCCCACUCAGGAAAACAGAAGUCCUAGAUAGAAACUCCCAUCUGUUCAGCUAACACAACCCUCCAUCUGUUCAGCUAACCCAACCCUCCAUCUGUUCAGCUAACACAACCCUCCAUCUGUUCAGCUAACCCAACCCUCCAUCUGUUCAGCUAACACAACCCUCCAUCUGUUCAGCUAACCCAACCCUCCAUCUGUUCAGCUAACCCAACCCUCCAUCUGUUCAGCUAACCCAACCCUCCAUCUGUUCAGCUAACACAACCCUCCAUCUGUUCAGCUAACCCAACCCUCCAUCUGUUCAGCUAACACAACCCUCCAUCUGUUCAGCUAACACAACCCUCCAUCUGUUCAGCUAACCUAACCCUCCAUCUGUUCAGCUAACCCAACCCUCCAUCUGUUCAGCUAACCCAACCCUCCAUCUGUUCAGCUAACCCAACCCUCCAUCUGUUCAGCUAACCUAACCCUCCAUCUGUUCAGCUAACCUAACCCUCCAUCUGUUCAGCUAACCCAACCCUCCAUCUGUUCAGCUAACCCAACCCUCCAUCUGUUCAGCUAACCCAACCCUCCAU